ACUUGGAUUAAUAAACCAAUUGGCGGGCCGAACUUUGGUCACUCGCUAAUGGUUAUAAACUAAAGUUGAAUAACCCUGUCUUCAUAUUAACUCCCUGACCUGGAUGGUUUUCAUUUGCACAAUAACAAUCGUUUAGUUUCAGCUCAGCUCAGGAUGCACGACUCAGUGGUUUUUCUAUUUGUGACUGUUUGUGUUUGUGUGAAGAGUUCGCUGCCUCCUCCAUGUGACAGUGAGAUCUACUGCUCAGGCUCCAUCCUGCAUCAGGUCCAAACAGCUAAACUGUUUGACGAUGACAAAUACUUCGUUGACAUGAAGCUGAGAUCAGCUCCCGGAAAUGUUUUGUCUGCUUUUCAAAACCUUUCGAGCGCAUUUCCAAAUGGAACCGUUCCGCCUGAAGAACUCCGAGAGUUUCUCAACGCCAACUUUGAGAAUCCGGGGACAGAGUUCGAGCCGUGGAUGCCAUCGGACUGGCAGGACAAACCGAAAUUCCUGAAUGGAGUGGCAGACGAUGAGCUUCGAAAAUGGGGGGAGAAGAUACAUCACCUGUGGAAGGAUCUUAGCAGAAAGAUUCACAGCAGUGUCAAAGAUCAUCCGGAGCUCUAUUCUCAGAUCUACAUGCCGUAUCCCGUCGUGGUACCCGGAGGACGCUUCAGGGAGAUCUACUACUGGGACUCCUACUGGGUCAUCAACGGACUCCUGCUGUCAGAGAUGACGAACACGACUUACGGGAUGAUUCAGAACUUCCUCUACCUCGUCGACAGGUAUGGCUUCGUUCCAAACGGCGGGCGGGUUUACUACGAGAGGCGCAGCCAGCCUCCGUUCCUCCCGCUGAUGGUGGAGAGCUACUACCAAGCAACCAAGGACAAAGAGUUCCUCAGAGAAGCUUUGCCUGUUCUGGAGAAGGAGUACCAGUUUUGGAUGCAGAACCGAUCUGUGGUGGUUAAAGUGAACGGCUCGGAUCACAUCCUGAACCGGUUUCACGUCCAGGCGGGCCUGCCCAGGCCCGAGUCGUACACAGACGAUCUGGAAUUAGCUGAAGGACUCACCGACGAGCUCAAAGAGCAGCUGUGGACGGACCUGAAAGCAGGUGCAGAGUCUGGUUGGGACUUCUCUUCCCGCUGGUACCUGAACGGUGACGGGCACGGCACCGGCACCCUCAGAGAGACCCGGACCGGCCAGAUCCUGCCCUCUGACCUCAACGCUCUGCUGUGCCGCAACGAGAAGACCCUGGCUUCGUUCCACCAGCUGCUGGGUGACCAUGACUCAGCGGCCCGGUUCCAGCAGGCUGCGGCCCGCAGGACGGCGGCGAUGGAGGCGCUGCUGUGGGAUGAAGAGAGCGGAGCGUGGUUCGACUACAGCCUGCUGACGCACUCCAGACGCUCAGAGUUCUACCCCUCCAACCUGGCUCCAGUUUGGGCUCAGUGCUUCUCUGAGCCUGGGAUGGGAGAGAGGGCGGUGCAGUACCUGAAGGGGAGUGGGGCCCUCAAGUACCCCAACGGGAUCCCGACGUCACUGGUGGAUUCGGGGCAGCAGUGGGACUACCCCAACGCCUGGCCUCCUCUGCAGCACAUGCUGAUAGAAGGUUUGUCCAAGCUGCCGUCAGCCGAAGCUAAAGAGCUAGCGUUCGACUUGGCCCAGCGCUGGAUCAGGACCAACUGGUUGGCCUUCAGCAAAUAUGAAGCCAUGUUUGAAAAGUACGACGUGAACGGAGACGGAAAACCCGGAGGAGGAGGGGAAUACGAAGUUCAGCUGGGGUUCGGCUGGUCCAACGGCGUGGCCCUGCAGCUCCUGGAUCAGUACGGGCCGAGGCUCUCCUCGGGAGGCAGACGUGUCGGCUCUGACCUCCUGCUGCCUCUGCUCGUCUCCGUCGGCCUCGCGCUCCCAUGAGUCCGGCGCGUCCCAAGAUCUGAGCCGGAGGUCGGGUUUUAUCGUUCCUGCCUUCGCCUACUGUCAGCUGCGACCAGCCGAAGGCUGAUGAACGUAUCAAACUUUAAUUAUCUGAAUGUGUGGAAGAUGAUUCGGUGUUGAUUCUCCUUGUUUUUUUGUACAUUUUUAUUUCAGUUACUUCUGACUUUGUCAGAAUUCAGAAAACAUUUUCCCCAAAU